AUGAUUGUCUGGGUCCAGCUUCCUGCGUUGAAGGUGCAUUUCUAUCACAAGGAGGUGCUGACAACUCUCGGGAAUCUCAUUGGACGGACGAUCAAGCUCGAUUACCACACUCUAACGAGGCAACGCGCCAAAUUUGCUCGGCUGGCGGUAGAGGUAGAUCUCUCCAGGCCACUAGUCCCAAGGAUUUGGCUAGAUGACGAAUGGCAGAAAGUCGAGUUUGAGAAUCUGCCCGUCGUCUGUUUUGAAUGUGGCAAAAUCGGCCACUCAACUGAUUCCUGCCCGCUCCUGCACCCAACUGUGUCGCCGGCGGCGCUACCCCUCCCCGGCGGGACAUCGACGGAAACUCGACCGGAAUCUCCAGAGGAAAAUCCGGGAUAUGGACCGUGGAUGCUUGUUAGCCGUAAAAGCAGGCGCAAUCCUAGGGACCAAGGCCAAAAAGGAAAGCAGGAUAAUGAGACGGGAAUUUUGGGAACAGGCAAAGAUGGAAAGAAUAGCAAAGGUGGAAACAGGAACAAAGAAGGAAAUGCCUCUCCCUCUUACCCCGCAACCAGCAACGGCUCUCUAGUCCCUACCCUCAUUUCACAAGAAAAAAAGUCUUUUAAUGGGAGGAAGGGAGGCGGCGAAAUGAAGAAGGGCAAGGAAAAAGUGGGCUCACAAGAAAACCCUAAAGAGCAAAGCCUACUCGGGCCGAGGCCCAAUGUUACUACUAAGCCCGGUCAGGUGCCAAUAAUGGCAAUUGAGACACAAAAAGCCCAAGCUUCGACCUCUGCCCAGAACAUCAAGACAGCGAAACCAAAGGACAUCAAAGUUGCGGGCCAGGAGGAUGUCUCGGCCCAGAAAAUAAACCCCCAGCCCAGCGCCCACCCUCCUCUCGUCCAUUCAGUGAUCGGCCCAAGUGGGACUAAGAUGCAAAGCAUUGCCGUUCCACCAGCAGACGCGAUCUCCACCGGGGGAAAUGGCGAGGCGAUUCCAUCCACAGCCUCCAGAACGAAACGAGCCAAGAACGCCAAACCGGGAGGUCGGAAGGGAUCCCCUGCCAAGCUCAAUCCGACUAGGACCCUCCAAAUCUGGUCUCCGGUUAAAGAGAAGAAAUCGAAGAACAAAGCUCGGCUGGCGUCUUUGACUCUGCAGGACAUUAAUGCGUGGACGGAAGCUCGAGGACGCCCAGCCUCGGGUCUCUCUGACCAAGCCGCUAUGGAGGAAACGAGUCAACGACCUGGAGAGGAAACCGUGGAGAGCGAGAUGGCCACCUCUGCUUGA